UCGGUGAGCCGCGGACGCGACGCGGUGGAGGCGAACGUCCCCGGCGAGGGUCGGGCCGCCCGCGCCUCAGCGCCGAACGUCCCCCCGGGCGCGAGCAUGUUCCGAGACGGCCAGUAUCUGGAGGUGAUCAAGGCCUCGGACGACUGCCUGGCGACCGCCGUGGUCACCGUGCAGGAGAGAACGGUGGAGAUCGAGAAGCGGAAGGUCGUCACGAACAAGUGGCUGCGGGUCGAGGACUGGGCGGCUCUGUACAGGAUACUGGAGCGCGCGAUCCUGCGGAACGGCCGCCAGGACGGUGGCCCGCGCCGCGAGGGCCGGCCGCGCGAGUGGAGGAAGUCGACUCGCCAGCUGGAAGUCACGUACACCUUCGAGAACCCGGAAAGCGCGAGCGACACGUCAUCCUUGCCCACGAUAAAGGUGCACGUGUCGCCGGCCCGGAAGAAAGCGGUGAAGCGAGAGGUGGCGGACGACGAGACGCCGAAGAGGAGCAAGGUGAAAACGGGCGACGACGCGACGCCGAAACGAGGGAAAGAGGAGAGGUCUCCGGUUCGUACGACGACGAAAGGCGAUCAAGCCAAGAGGACACCGGAGAAAUCGGCACGGCUCUCCCCGGGGAGGACGGAGGCUCCGAGCGCCGCCGCGACGGCGGGGCAGGGAGACCUGAAGCGGAAGAAGUUCCGGACGUACACGCUGUCCGACGAUCUGGAGAACGCGCCGUUGGAGGAGUACAUCCCGGACGCGCCGCGCGCCAAGAGGUCGUGCCCGGACUUCAAGUACGUGCCCAGCCGGAAGAGCGCGUUGGAGAGUAUGCGAUUAACGUCGAACGAGUACACGCCGACUCUGUGCGACGGUAAGGUGCGCGCGGCGGAGGGCGUGAGCUACGUGCCGAACUCCGUCGAGAAGCCGGAGGCGAAUCACGAGAUUUACGAGCCGCGCGCCAUCACGGCGGUGCCCGACGGCGUCUUCGAGGAGUACGUGCCCAACUCCAAGGGACUCAACUCCUCCGUGGAGGAGUACGAGCCCGACUUCCGGUCCCCGAGCAAACUGACCAAGUUCGACGACAGUUACGUGCCCUCGAGCGUGGCGCGACGGAGCGCGCCGGACGACUCCAAGAGAGCUCCGGGCAAGGACAAGCCGAAGGCGCAGAGGCCGGAGGCCUGUCGGAAAGGGACGGUGGACAAGAAGAAGAUCGACUACCUCUUCUCGUGAGAUACACGGACGUCUUGAGUGC